UUGCAUAAUAAUCUGGGUUUAUAAACAUGAAGCGCUCAUGAACGCUUCACAGCUGUUAAUAAAGCGGCUGUUCCUUUAUUAUUUCAGGGUUGUUUUGAAGCCGUAGUGAGCUGCAGGAUCUGCUGUGUGUCUCCUCACGACAUGUUUAGCGUUAACAACCUUUGUAAUUAGCGUGUGAAGUGGAUUUGAGUGUUUAAUGAUAUAAUCCGAGUUGUUAUGGCUCGCAGAAAGACGUACAUCAGUGUGGGUUACUCGUGUGUCGGGCUUCUGCUGGGAUUCUCAGCUUUCCUGGUGUGGAACAUCGUCUACAAACAGCCCUGGACCUCCGCCAUGGGAGGAUUAUCAGGGGUGCUGGCACUCUGGAGUCUGGUCACUCACAUCAUGUACCUGCAGGACUACUGGAGAACAUGGCUGAAGGGUCUGAAGUUCUUCCUGUUCAUAGGCGUGUUCUUCUCCGUGCUCUCCAUCAUCGCCUUCAUCUCCUUCUUGUCCGUAGCCAUCUCGCGUAAAGAGUCGCUGAAGGACCCUCACAGCCUGUACCUGUCGUGUGUGUGGAGCUUCAUGAGUCUGAAAUGGGCGUUCAUCCUGAGCCUCUACUCCCACCGAUAUCACAAAGAGUUCGCUGACAUCGCCAUCCUCAGCGACUUCUAACACACACACACACACACACACGAGUACAUGAUCACACCCAUUGAAGAGUUUGAUUCACUGUUACACAUUUCUAGUUUUAGAAUGCAGUGAGGAUGAAGGAGGUGACCACCGUUGUCAUGGUGACUAAAGAGAUUAAAGUAAAACUUCAGCAUUGUUCUUUUUUUUUUCCUUCUCUCUCUCUGUCUCUCUCUCGCUCUCUCUGUCUCUCUCUGUCUCUCUCUCCCUGUCUCUCUCUCCCUGUCUCUCUCUCUGUCUCUCUCUCUCUCUCUCUCUCUCUCUCUCUCUCUCUCUCUCUCUCUCUCUCUGUCUCUGUCUCUCUCUCUCUCUCUCUCUCUCUCUCUCUCUCUCUCUCUCUCUCUCUCUCUCUCUCUCUCUCCCUCUGUGUCUCUCUCUCUCUCUCUCUCUCUCUGUCUCUGUCUGUCUCUCUCUCUCUCUCUGUCUCCCUCUGUCUGUCUCUCUCUCUCUCUCUGUCUCUCUCUAUCUGUCUCUCUCUCUCUCUGUCUCUGUCUCUCUCUCUCUCUCUCUCUCUCUGUCUCUAUCUGUCUCUCUCUCUCUCUCUGUCCGUCUCUCUCUCUCUCUCUGUCUCCCUCUGUCUCUCUCUCUCUCUCUGUCUCUGUCUCUCUCUCUCUCUCUCUCUCUCUGUCUCCCUCUGUCUGUCUCUCUCUCUCUCACUGUCUCUCUCUCUUUCCACUGUAUCUGUAGCGAGCGUGAUUACAGCUCAGAUGAGAACUUCAUCACGUUUUCACGUUUGCAUUGAGCAGAACUCACGUAUGAUAGAAGUCAAGGGGCAGAUGUGUUGUGUUGAACUCUAAAUAUAAAGUCCGAGCGAGCGUCUGAGUCCGAGCGCUGAUUCUUUCAGACACACAGUCUGUUAAUGUGAACUUCAUUUGUGUCGCUAUAUAAACCUAAAUAUAAAUGUAGCUCCGAUGGCCCUGUGAUUGUCAUAACGCCACAAAUUCUUCUCACACACCAGUUUUUAAAGGAGCUUUUUCACUUCUGAGCGUUUAGAAUAUUACUUUCUGCUCUGGACCCCAAGUGAUUCGUGAUUCAGGAUGAUUUCAGAAAUUUCUAUUUGCUUUUUAUUCCUCUUCCAGGUUGCCAGGUCUGUGUUUUUACAGAAUCUGCAGCGGAAGGAUACAACAAACCUGAACUGUAGCUGGAACUUCUUUUUACUUCCUGACUGUAUAUCAGUGUGUGAAAGUUAAAGAACAGAAGGAUCUCAUCCUGCAGUCACACUGCAGUGAUCCAUCAUCUCACUCAACAGCUGCCUCUAGACUUAUAUUCUGACUGAUCUGGGAGCAAAGCGUCUUGUUUUUCUUUGGUUUUUGUUUGGAAAAGUGAUGAAGUCUGUGUAAAUAUUAUAUUAUAACCACACACACACACACACACACACACACACACACACACACACACACACACACACGCUGGAGUUGUCCUUUAAUGCAGUUUGUCUGUUGUAUGAUAUCUGAUAGAUUUUAUUAGCUCGAUGCUGCCGGAUGCUUUAAUUCUACUUUUAUAAUAAUCGUGUGAUGAACACGGGGCAAUUCUGAGCCUUUAUCGGUUAAAAUAUCUAAAAAAAAUAAAAAUAAAAACAUGAAUUUUUCUUUUUUCUUUUUCAUUUUAUGGAAGGCGUGGCUACAGAGCAGCACUGGUGACGUCACUACAUCUGAAAAAUGCUGCGCGAGUUCGAUCGUUAAACGUGGAGAGAUUUUUUGUGUGUUUGUGUGUGUGUGUGUGUGUGUGUGUGUGUGUGUGUAGGAUCACUGCUUGUUAAGAUGUGAACCUGGUGAAUGAUCUUGUCCACCUGCAGUAAGAAGUCACAGCCACGUGUUAUUAAGGCUUUAAAACGUCUGAUGAUUUGGAUUAACGUGAUUGUUACUGAAGCACAGACACGUGGUGUAGAGAAAAUAAUAAUAUAUUAAAAAUAUAUCAAUUAAAUACCUGCAUAUUUAAUCUAACGAUCUCACGACAAGCCGUAACUCUGAAACGUUUCAGUCGAACAGCAGGUAAAGUCACGUGUCAGUCAGAGGAAGGUUCAGUGAUACGGGAUCGUGGUGAGGUUUGGUCAGCUGUGUGGUUCUGUACCUGGGAUCUCUGUGUAAUCACUUUUAUUGUCUUAUUUAUUUAGUGUAUUCGUGCCUGCAUUAAUCUCAACAGCGCUUCAGACCGGAGAAACGCACUAACACCAGCGUGUGAUUAACACUGUGUUAAUGUAGCGUGCAGCUCGUCUGGGUCUCACAGUCACUCACCUGGUUCUCUGAGGACAACAAAUGUAAAUGUUUUAUUAUUUGAACGAAUCCUGUGUCUUUAUAUACACGUUUCUGUGUGACGUCGUGUCAAUAAAACACUUUUAUUCAGAUGAUAAA